UAUUCAUUGUAGUAGGAAGCACCUACGGGUAGCAAUUCAAAUCCUUGACUUAUUUUACUGGAGACAUUUACGCUAAGAGUAUUCGUAAUCUGCCGGAACUUUAAUGAUCAUUCAACAAAGGUGGAAGUGAGAUCUCUUGCAGGCCUGGUUGGACCAAUUUGCUGCACUGAAACAGCGGGGAGCAGCUCAUCAGUCCCAUUGUCCUUUCCUAGUACUACAAGAAACAGAAAAGGAGACCUGAAACCACCGAUCAUUUCAACAUGAGUGAUCUAACUCCAGUAUGAGCAUCACUUCAAACACUACUCUCGACAGUCACCUAACCAGUAACCACUGGGCUUCCAUCAACUACUAUCCUGGUGGAAUGUCUGGGUACACCAGUGGUAACUCAUGGCUUCUUGAUUCCCAGCCACAAUUCUGGAGUAAAUAUCAAGUGUGGGAGUGGCUGCACCAUGUCAUGGACAUAAACCAGAUUGAUGCCUCCAACAUGCCCUUCCAAAACCUUGAUAUGGAUGGCCACCAGCUCUGUAACCUGACCUAUCAGGACUUUCUCCACGUUGCAGGAAGUCUUGGGCCCAUUCUUUUCCAAAGCAUAUCAGAUCUCAAGUGGGCCGUUGACAGUUCCUGUCCCUUUUCAGAAGACAGCUAUCCACAAACAGAUGUCUAUGACUCAUCAAUCCAACCUCAUGUACCGGCUGUCUCACUUAUCCCUUCCAGCCCUGAAAUGAAAAUGCCCUACAGUCAUCAACAUCAGGUCAAAAAACACAAUCCAAGGGGGUCCCAUUUGUGGGAAUUUAUCAGAGACAUUCUACUGCAUCCUGACCGCAAUCCAGGACUAAUCAAAUGGGAGGAUCGGGCAGAAGGGGUUUUUCGUUUUCUUAAAUCAGAGGAAGUGGCACAGUUGUGGGGCAAGAAGAAAAACAACAGCAGCAUGACCUAUGAGAAACUGAGUCGGGCAAUGAGAUAUUACUACAAAAGGGAAAUCCUAGAACGAGUAGACGGGCGCAGACUGGUGUACAAAUUUGGUAGGAACGCAAGAGGAUGGAGGGAGUCUGAGAAAUAAUGGAAUUAUUUUAUAGACUUGAAUGUUGUAUGAUUUUAGUUGAUUUGAUGUUUUUUUAUUAGAUAAAUGUGAGAUUCUGACUUUGUACUUUUGCCGAAAGUGAAAAACCGCUUUUGUUUCUUUUAUAUACUAUAACACAUUGUAGAACAGAUAGUCCAAAAUGAAGACAUGUGGCUACAUGUUAGAUGACUAAUAUUGUAAAUGAGGCUACUUGUGCGAAGGAUGAGAAUUUCUGUAUGAAACGUGCUGUAGUUUAAAUUAUUUUUUGCCAUAAUGCAUUCCUUUUAGUGUGUGUAUGUGAAUGUUUUUUUAUGUUUGAUAUAAAUAAAACUGGUCCUUACGAUUUA